AUGCUCUCAACUGUAAACACCGUGCUCUCUGCUCCGGUACCGGUAGUCCAUCCUGACCGGCCACCGGAUCCAGGCCCAACUCUCACCGAUAACUCUCCUGAUCCGGCAGGGUUCCCUCCGGCCACAGGAACGGACAUGCUCAUUGACCCUUCGGCGACCACGUCUCCGACGAUAACUUCCUCAGCUGUUCCUGCGGCGGCGACACCGACCUCUACAGACCCCCAACCUAAAUUCUCGUAUGCUUCGGCGGUGGCAGGCUGGAGGAUGUCGGAGGCUGAUCAAGUUUCAACGAAACAAUGGACCCCUGUGGGGGAAAAUGAUCUCAUCCCCGGCAAACGGAAUGGUGAACCAGCGCUCAAUAUCUCCAGUGAGUUUAAGAACAGGAUUUGUGCCCCCUGGCAAAGAACGAUCGUGGUGCGACUGCUCGGCACAAAGAUUGGCUUCAAUACCCUUUGCUCUCGCCUUCGCAGCCUCUGGAGACCUAUUGGCUCUAUGGAGAUUCGCGACCUCGACCAAGAUUGUUUCCUAGUAAAGCUCAGCAAUGAGCAGGAUUAUUUCAGAGCCCUCACAGACGGACCAUGGACGAUCUUGGACCACUACCUGGCGGUCCAACAAUGGACGCCAAACUUCAAGGUUUUAGAUCCUCUCCCGAAGACGAUGAUCGUCUGGGUUCAGCUGCCAGCCUUGAAAAUCCAUUUCUACCAUAAGGAGGUUCUCACAACUUUGGGCAAUCUCAUUGGCCGUACCAUCAAGCUCGAUUACCACACGCUCAACCUUCAACGUGCGAAAUUUGCUCGACUGGCGGUCGAGGUGGACCUCUCCAAACCCCUGGUGCCCCGCAUUUGGUUGGAUGACGCUUGGUAG